AUGGCGGGUUACCUUGAGGCUCUUAACCCUCUUGCAUGGGAGAAUGCUAGAGCCAAAAAUGCUUUGUUUGAUGCUAUUGGAGAAGAAAUCUUUGCUCGUGUGCAUAGCAAGAAAACCGCUCAUGAGGUGUGGGAAGAGCUUGAGACCAUUCAUGUUGGGUCUAAGAAGCUCCGUGAAGAGAAGUACCAAGUGCUAAAGGAGAAACUCAAUGAGUUCAAAAUACAUCCUAGUGAAUUACUUGAACAAAUAUAUACUAGGUUGAAUGUACUUAUUGAGGACAUUAACGCACUUGAAAUUUCUCCUUUGUCUACUAGUGACAUCAUCCGGAAGAUUUUUCACUCAUUGCACAAGCCCAAGUACAACAUUGUGACAUCUUUGGUCUAUGAGAAAGAUCUUUCCACAUUGCAAGUGAAUGAAGUGGUUGGGAAAAUUCGGUCUCAUGAGAUAUUUCUCUUAGGUGAAAUUGAUCCUCCUCAAGCCAAAGGUGAUCUUGCUCUCAAAGCUAAAGGCGAAAACAAGUCAAAGAAGAAGAGCAAGGGCAAGACACCUAUGUCAAGUUCAAGUGAAGCUAGUGAUGACUCAAGUGAUGAGGAAGGUGAUGAAGAUACCAAACUUGCUCUCCUCAUGAGGAAGACCACAAAGCUCAUGUCAAGGUUGAACAAGAAGGGGUACAAUUUCGACCCCAAGAAAAACAAGUUUCGUAUAAGGAAGCCCAAAAAUGCCCUCAAGAAGAUAUGCUAUGUUUGUGGCAAUUAUGGUCAUCUCUCAUAUGAUUGCCCUCAAGAAUCCAACAAGAAGCAAGAUGAGGACAAUCAACCAAGGCACAAUAAAGAUCAUGAUCACAAGAAGGACCAUGACAAGAAAGAGUACAAGAAGAAGAGGUCCUUCAAGAAGAAAGAGCAAAUCAAGGCUUUCCUUGGGGAGUGGGUCAUCGACAGCGAGACCUCAAUCGAUGAUGAUGAUGAUGAUGAUGAUGAUGAUACACCAAGAACGUCGUUGUGGGGAUCGCCAUCCAUGAAGAUGAACCACCGCUACCUCCACCACCCAUAUCUUAAGUUGCUCCUAGAUGAAUAUAAUGACAUAAUCAAGAAGCUUAAAUCUAAACUCAAGUGUUUAAAAAAUGUGCAUGUUGAGCUUAAGACUUCGCAUGAUGAGUUACUUGUUAGACACAAUGAGGUAGAAGAGACUCAUGAAAAAUGUGUUGUAUCUAGCAAGCAACUUAGAGAGGAUCAUGGUAAGGUACUUGUUAAGCACAAUGAACUAGUUGAAAAACAUGAUGAAGUAGUUGUGCUCAACAAGUCGCUUGAAGAGUCCAACAAGAAGCUUAAGCUUGAUUAUGCUAACCUAAAUUCAAAAUAUCAAGAACUUGAGUUUGCCUUUGAUGCUAUUGAUGAUGAACUUGAAACUCUAAAAACUAAAAACAUCAAUGCAUCAACUUAUUGUGAAACCAAUAUGGAGACAUCCAACUCUUUCACUAAUCACGAUGUCCCUAGUUCUUCCAAGACUAACCAUGAUAGGGAAAAGAAACUUGAGGAGGAGCUCCAAAAGGACAAGAGCAAAACCGUCAAGAUCUUCAAGAUAUUCAUCAAGCAAGCCCAAAACAAGUUCGAGUCAAGUGUAGUCAAGUUCUUGAAGAAGACCCCUUAUGAACUUCUUGUUGGGAGGAAGCCCAAUAUCUCCUACUUCCGAGUUUUUGGGUGCAAAUGCUACAUCUUCAAGAAGAGGAAGCACCUAGGUAAGUUCGAGAGUAGGUAUGACGUUGGAUUUCUAGUUGGUUAUUCAUCAAACUCCAAAGCAUAUCGAGUAUUCAAUAAUGCCUCCCGCAUGAUUGAAGAAACUUAUGAUGUGGAGUUUGAUGAGACUAAUGGAUCCAAGGGGAAGUUUUUUGCUUGUGAUGAUGUAAGUGAUGAACCACUACAGGAAGUCAUGAAGAUCAUUGCCAUUGGACAAGUCAAGCCAAAGAAGGAGGAUGAAGAGAUCAUCACACCAUCCACUCAAGAUGGAGCCCCUUCCAAGGAUGACUCCAAAGAAGAAGCUUCACCAACAAUCCAUCAUGAUGAGUCAUCCGAUGAAAAAGAUGAAGCUCCAUAA